CCGCACAGCCCGUCGCUCUGAUCCUGCAGCAAACGCCCAACCCGAGCUUGAGCCGCUGGCGCCAUGGCGGCAAUGCACGCGCUGUCCGAGCUGUAUGAAGAGAGCAAUGACCUGCAGAUGGAUGUGAUGUGGGGCGAGGGUGACCUUCCGCGGAUGGAGGUAGGCAGCGGGAACCAGGAGCCGCCCCGAACCACCCCCGCAACCGGCCACGCCUCAGCCCGAGAAGGAAGGCCUGAUGGCGAGGCAGUGGGGGACCGAGACCUUGCAGGCCGGCCCAGCCCCAGGGAGCUGCCAGGCCUGUUUGCUGGCCCUGACUUUGAAGCUGAGGAAUUUGAUGACUGGGAGGACGACUACGACUAUCCGACUAUAGAGGAGGCGCAGCGGCAUGGUGCAGGGUACAGGGCAUCCGUGACCCUGGAUGAAGUCAACAAGAUAUUUCUGAGAACAUCCAGUGCUGGAGAGGCGGCCGUGGAUGGCAGUUUUCAGAUGCAUUAGGAGAAGACCCCGUUUGAUCAGUUGGCUUUUAUCGAAGAGCUUUUUUCACUUAUGGUUGUCAAUCGUCUGACCGAAGAACUCAGCUGUGAUGAGAUUAUUGACAAAGAGUAGUUAAAUGCGGUUAAAGAGGAGGAAACUACUUGAAGAGAGACCCAGCAUUCCACUGUCUCUUGGGUUUAUUCCAAAUAGUUCUGUGCCAAUGAAAAACUUGAUCUUCAAAAAAAAUUUUUUUUGGUUUUGUUUUUCAGAAUAGAAUAGGGCAGUGACUGCACAGUUGUGACAA